AUGGCGUCUAAACAGUUGAAUAUUGCCCGUGUAGUCUUCGCAAUCAUUCUUCUCGCUGUGGCCAUGGCAACUGAGUUUACUGUUGGGGAUGAUCAAGUCUUCAAAUACACGGUGGGGCUGCACAAUGUCUUCAAAGUGAAUGGUACUGUCUUCACGAACUGCACUAUACCACCAGCAAAUGAAGCUCUUACAACUGGAAAUGAUGAGAUUACACUGGCCACCCCUGGAAGGAAGUGGUAUAUUUGUGGUGUAAAGGACCAUUGUGCCAACUACGAACAAAAGGUUGCCAUCACUAUGGUGGAAGAGUGGGCGUCUCCUGCACCGGCCCCCUCCUCUUCCACCCCCAUAGCACCCACACCCAAUUCUGCUUAUGGGAUCUCGGUGUCUAGGUAUCAACUUCUGAUGGCAACCACGACUGUUGUUGCUUUCCUUCUUGUUUAA